AUUUCAUACUAUUUUUUGUAGUCACAUCGCCAAGAUGUCWGAAGACUGGGGAGCUGUAGAUGAUGCACCAGUUGUAUCUGCACCUGAAGUGCCUGAUAUUAAGUUGUUUGGUAAAUGGAGCACAGAGGAUGUCCAAGUCAGUGAUAUCAGUUUAACAGAUUACAUUGCUGUCAAAGAAAAGUACUCCACAUACUUGCCUCACACWGCUGGCCGAUAUGCUGCAAAAAGGUUCAGAAAGGCUCAGUGCCCUAUUGUUGAACGUAUCACCAACUCCAUGAUGAUGCAUGGAAGAAACAACGGAAAGAAGCUCAUGACAGUCAGGAUUAUCAAGCAUUCUUUUGAAAUCAUCCACCUUCUUACUGGAGAGAACCCCCUUCAAGUCCUUGUAAAUGCUAUCAUUAACAGUGGUCCACGUGAAGACUCCACACGUAUUGGUCGUGCUGGUACCGUUAGACGACAAGCUGUUGACGUUUCCCCUCUGCGUCGUGUCAAUCAAGCCAUCUGGCUGCUGUGUACUGGUGCUAGAGAGGCUGCCUUUAGGAACAUCAAGUCUAUUGCUGAAUGUUUGGCUGAUGAACUGAUUAAUGCUGCCAAGGGAUCCUCUAACUCUUAUGCCAUCAAGAAGAAGGAUGAAUUGGAGCGUGUAGCCAAGUCCAACCGUUAAUCAAAUUGUAAAGCAAUUUCUACAGCAAUGAAAUAAAGAGCUCCAGGAGAAAACA